GUGCGGCAGCGGUUGAGCCGGGCCCACGACGAGCACGGCGAGGGCGACGAGUCGCCUGGGGCUGGCGGGCUGAGCCCUGGCUUCAACUUGGAGGUGCCCCACGCGCCUUCCUCCGCGCGCUUGCGGCGGACGUCCUCGGCGACCUGCCCCGGUUCGUGA